AUGAAUAAAACAAAUGCCACAAGCGGUGGGAUGAGUACUUUUAAAGCAACUAGUAAUGCAAUGAAAGAGAAUCAUCAUCCAGCUACAACUACAACCACCAAAAUAGUACCACCUUCCAAGAUGGCGCCUCAGAUGACCUCCUCGUCCACUGUUCCCUCAUCUGCACCCAAGGUUAUAGGAUCGUCAUUCCAAAAGCCAACAACAACGACUACCACUACAUUACCAUCACAAGAAAAGAUAUUAACAUCCAAUACAUCAGUCUUGAAUGCAGCACAUCAUCAACAACAUCAACCAUCCAACAUGAAACAACCUGUACCACCCACAUCAUUUAAACAACAACAACCAGUACCACAAAUGUUGUCCAAAUCACAAAUGGCUCCUAUUACAAAUCAACAACAUCCUACUACUACUACUACUGCAGCUCCCACUGCCACUAUUUCAUCUGCUUUGUCAUCAUCUGCUUCUGUUUCUACACAACAACAACAAUCAACUCGUCAACAAAUGAUGCAACAAAAACAAUUAUUACAAGAACAAAAACAACAACAAUACCAAGAAGAUAAAAAGAAAUGGACAAUUGAUGAUUUUGAUAUUGGUAAACCACUUGGAAGAGGUAGAUUUGGAUAUGUAUAUUUGGCAAGAGAGAAAAAGAGCAAGUUUGUAGUAGCAUUAAAGGUAUUGUUCAAGAGUCAAUUACAGGCUGCCAACAUUGAACACCAACUUCGUAGAGAAAUCGAAAUCCAGUCUCACUUGCGUCAUCCAAAUAUCCUUCGUUUAUAUGGUUACUUUUAUGAUGAAAGUAGAGUCUACCUCAUCGUUGAAUUUGCCAAAGGUGGUGAAUGUUUUAAGGAAUUACAAGCUGUACAAAGAUUUACUGAAAAAGUUGCUGCUACUUAUACUAUACAAAUUGCUGAUGCUCUUAGAUAUUGUCAUUCUAAACAUGUUAUUCAUAGAGAUAUUAAACCUGAAAACCUUUUAAUUGGUAUUAAUGGAGAAAUUAAAAUUGCAGAUUUCGGAUGGUCUGUUCAUGCACCAAAUAGUAAGAGACAAACUUAUUGUGGAACAGUCGAAUAUUUGCCACCAGAGAUUGUCAACAAACAACACUAUGAUCACAAAGUUGAUGUUUGGAGUCUUGGUAUUUUAAUCUACGAAUUUUUGUGUGGUAGAUCUGCCUUUUGUGAUGAAACCGAAGAAGCUGUCAUGGAAAAGAUUCAAAAGGGGGUUGUUACAUUCCCAUCAUAUGUCUCCAUGGAGGCUCAACACUUAAUCCUUGGUCUACUUACCAGCGAUCCAAGUGAAAGAUUAACAAUGUAUGAUGUUAUCAAUCACCCGUGGAUCAAAAAGAAUGCUCAUCCACAUUCAUUAAUUCGUACGUAG